UGUUUCUGAUGAAAAUCCGGUCCAUGUGCAGGGCUUUGUCGAUGCCAAGGCCUUGGAGGAAGCGCUUACAAAAAAUAGUUCGUACAAAGGGGCGUUCGGCAUAGAGUUUCCCGACGAGUGGUCUGAUAUAUCCGAAUUGCCGCAUAGAUUCCGGUUUGCUCUGCGGUUUCCCGUCACCAAAGAAGACCAUUUUAAUAUAAAUCUCCUGAUAAUGCAGUACGAGGAAGUAAAAUAUUACCGCAGAAGUGGGUUUCUUUAUCUUCAGACGGAACUCAGCUUACAGUACCUGCAGAAAAAGAAUUCGACCCAAGCUGUUAUUCGACCAAAACUGGAGUCACUAUAUGAUAGGGAUUAUCAUAUGCCAUUUUCCAAAUAUUUUGGUGUACUUUUAAUGUGUGCCUUUUUUUGCCCGUUCAUAAUGGAUGUUAAGAGCAUUGUCGAGGAAAAGGAGCUUCAGCUGAAGGAUAUGCUGAACAUCUCCGACGUAAGCAACUCUCUCCAAUGGCUGGCCUGGUAUGUCAAGUCCAUGAUAGUUCUAUUCAUAAUAUCGCUAGCAAUUACUAUAUUUUGGACGAUGAUCGGUAUACCCGGUGAGGAGGGGUCGCCAUUUGCCGACAUGCCCGUUCUCCCAUAUACCGACUCGUCUGUCUUUCUGUUAUAUCUGCUUGUGUGCAGUCACUCUUUCAUAUGUUUCGGCUUCCUGGUCAGCUGCUGCUGCGCUCGCAGCAAUUGGUGUGGCCUCAUUGCCAUACUUCUGUUCAUAGCCAGUAGUGGGCCCAAUUUUGUCACGAGCAGAGACAGUACUGGAACACUGUUGAACAUCCUGUGCAGCAUUUUCGUCGUGUCAGCCAUGAACAUGGUCAUGGAUCGAAUUGCCGCAUGGGAACAAGCGGGUUUUGGCCUGCAGUGGAGCAAUCUCUUUCAGACGUCAUGGGCCCGAGACAGCAUAAGCGUUGGUGCGAUACUGUUUCUCAUGAUACUGUUUAGCCUGAUCUCGAUCCUCAUCUGCCUGUACAUGGAGCGGGUGAGGCCAGGGGAGUUUGGCAUGCCACAGCCAUGGAAUUUCCCGUGCACCAAGCGCUUCUGGUGUCCGACCAAGAACAUACGACGAGUAGUAUCAUUAUCCCCGCCCGGGUGGUUCCCUGUCCAACCCACCGAUGAGGAGCGACGUUCUGCGGAUAAGUCUCCAGAGCGUAAGACCUCCAAGUUCGUGGAUGCCAGCGCCAAAGGCAAAACCCCUGGUGUACAAAUAAAAAAUCUCAGCAAAAGCUUUGGCGAACGACAGGUGGUCGCUGGCCUCACAUUCGAUUUGUUUGAGAACGAGAUCACGGUGCUCCUGGGACACAAUGGAGCUGGCAAGACCACGACCAUACAAAUGUUGACGGGCACCAUUCAACCCAGCUCCGGCACGGCGAUCAUCAAUGGCUACGACAUACAAACCGAACACCUCCAGGCCCGUCGAUCCUUGGGCAUUUGUCCGCAGAGAAGCGUCUUCUUUGCUGGUUUGAGUGUGGCCAGUCACCUUCGAUUCUACAGCCGGCUCAGGGGUCUCAAGGGGGCAGCGGUCAAACAGGAGGUGGAAAAGUACUUGCAGAAGCUAAGCCUUAAGGAAAAGGCCAACACCGCGGCUCGGCGUCUCUCUGGGGGGACACAGCGUCGGCUUGCGUUGGCCUGUGCCCUGUGCGGCAACGUCAAGGUUCUGUUCUGCGACGAGCCCAGCUCGGGUCUGGAUCCCAACUUGCGGCUGGAACUUUGGAAGCUGCUGCUGGAUGAGAAGCAGGGACGCACUGUUCUGCUCACCACCCACCAAAUGGACGAGGGCGAGGUAUUGGCCGACCGCAUUGCCAUCAUAAGCGAUGGCCGGCUCCGUUGCCUGGGCACAUUGGCGUUCCUCAAGAAACAGAACGAGACCAGCUAUCUGCUCAGCUGCGAGAAGGGACCCAACUGCAAUGUGUCCAGGUUGACCCAACUGAUAGCCGCCCACGUGCCCAACACGCGGCCUCAUAGCAACAUUGGAUCAGACGUGUCCUAUCGACUGCCGCACCGCUUUUUGGGAUCUUUUGGGUCACUCUUCAACGACUUGGAGCAACAGAAGGAGCAGCUGGAUGUUGUGGGAUUCGGUCUUAGCUCCACCAGUCUUUCAGAAAUAUUUAUGUCGCACGGCGCGGAAGAUCUUGGGGCUCGCACUAGCGGCGGCCAGGGCCAAGAGCAGAGCCGUCAUCCGAACCGUUUCCUGCGCUACCUGGGCCAGUGGGAGGCCAUGCUGCUGAAGAAGCUGCUCUACACAUAUGAUAAGAAAUGGAUGUUUCUGGUUAUGCUGCUGCUGCCCAUAGUUCUCUUCGUUGUAGUUCUUAUUCGUAGGCCAUCGGCGAGCGCACUUCUGACCAGACUUCCUCUUACUCUGGCCGAUUAUAAUGGUGAGGAGGUCAAAGUAAUAUUGCAAUCAACAUCGGACACUCGCCCUGUGCGGGAUAUAGCCAAUGCCUACCAAGAGUUGGCCCAGCAGCACUGCACCGUCGAAAGAAUUAGCCAGAAUGUAAUAGACUACAUCGGCCCACAGGUGCAAGGAACGCCCGCGAGAAUAUACGAAAUGAAGCAACGUCUUAUAGCGGCAGCCACCUUCGACCAAGAAACGAUUGUCUGGUGUAGACAGCGUCUGUUCCCGCAUAGUGCUCCUGUGUCGCUCAACCUCGCGUUCAACGCCAUGGCGAAAGCGAUGGUGGGUUCCGAGGCGAGCAUAGAGGUAACCAAUGCCCCCUACGAAGGCUUGAGUCAAGUUGAGCAGCAUUUAGAGAUGAUUGUGAGCGCCAGCAUUUAUGUUUUGCUAUAUCUGUCCAUUGUCCUGGCGAUAUUCUCCAUCUCAGUGGCGCAAGAGAGGGUAACGCAGAUACGGAUGCAGCAGCAGGUGUCUGGCGUGAGCUUGGCCACCUACUGGCUGACCCACUUUAUCAUCGACUUGUCCCUCUACUUUGCGUUUGCGCUGACACUGAUUCUGGCGGUGCACGAGUUGUGCCAUCCCGGGGAGAUGCUGUCGAUACUCAUGAUCAUCGGAGUGGCGGGUCUGCCCUUUACCUAUAUUAUGGCAAGCCUUUUCAGAGAUGCUGGCACAGCCGUUAUCAUAAUUGCAAACAUCAACAUUAUAUUCGGUAUUAUUCGGUAUUAG